AUGCACCACUGGGAGAGAAGCGAGCGACUGCGCAAAGCCGCCUCAACCCCGCACGCGGCCUCUUUUCAUCAUGUUGGUGCGUCAUUGUCACCCCAGAUGCACAAGGGCACUGGUGCGUUGCACGAGAGUCGUGACCAAGGCGAAGGGUGCGGUGAAGAGGAGGCUAUUGUGCAGCGCGGAAAGGAAGAAUAUUCAUCCCGGCUUGCAUCGACGCAGAGGUACGGAGGGCGCCCCCCAAUGAGCGCAGCGACCGCACACGGGCAGGUGGAAGGGUCUGUGUACACCCCGCAUCGCACCUCGCCACAUGCGUCGGGUGAGCUGCCUUCCUCGACUGGUCCCUCCACCCGCUUCUCAGACUCGCCGGCAGCCUAUCACCCGCGACCCUUUUCAUUAGUCGAAGAGGACGCCGCUCCUAAUUCAGCGGCGGCGACGGGGGGCGGGGGUGUUAUAGCAUCUCCUCAUCCGUCUGCUGUCGGUGGCGUGAAAGAGAGAGAGCGAGACGUGGUCGACUCUCCGUUCCCGAGCGAGGUCCACUGCCGCGUUUGCGGGGUUACUGUUUUUCAAAGCGGCUGGGAGACACACCAGCUUUCCGCGCUGCAUCAGGGGCAGCUGCGUGACUGUGCUACGGCACGCGGCAGCAGCAGCAGCAGCAGCAGAGACCCCUCGGCUCGCCUGGCGAAAGUGGCGGUGCAAGGUAGCAACAUGCUCCAGAUGACAACUGCCGCAGGCUCCAGGACUUCGCAGAGGCCACUGAUUUCUGGGCACGCCCAGGAGACUUCAUCUUCAGCGAGGCCUUCUGCCCGAGCGCUGGCGCUAAGUGAGAGAAACCACCAAGGGCGCAGCCAAGCUGCCGCCGCAGCGGUGAGGCGGUCAUCGCCUUCCCCACGUCGAUGUCGCCGCAAACUAGACUCAACCAGCUCCGAGGCUUCCUCGUCCACAUACAGCGCUAGCAGCAACAGUACGAGAAGUGGCAGCAGCGUUAGCACAGGCAGCAGCAGCAGCAGCAGCAACAGUGCAGAGUCGAAAAGCAGUGCCGCACGCGGCCAUUCUGGUGUCAGCGCUGUCCCCUACGCCACCCCUCCUCGACCAGCUGGGCCACCUUCCGCCCCCGCUGCGCUCAGCAGUGCCACACCGUCUUUUGUGUUGCCUCCCCUCUCUCCUCCAGGCUUCUCGGCGGCAUCGUCCGCGUCUGCCGCCGCGCGCCCGGCUCCCCUGCCCGUGAAGCCGCUUGGGUCAGCCGACGCGGCGACUGUGGUACACUAUGUGGAGUUCACAGAAGAGCAGCAGGAGCGGCGGCACGUUCAAAUGCUCGAGCAGCAGCUCAACAAAUAUCUUUACCACCGCGAGAACAAAGUACUGGCAGCUUGCGUACGGCGGUGGUACGAGUCGAUGUUCACCAAGGCAACUGCGACCAUUACCGACGCAGGCCCGCCAAAGCGAGGGGGUGGAGCAGAAGUUGUGGCUGGUGCUCCCGGCUCUUCGGAGGGUUGUGCUGUGGCAUCGCUGUCCCCGACUACUGCCAGAGCCCGCUGCAUCACGGUCGUCUCUCCAUCACCGUCACCUGUCUCGGCAAUGGCGCGAAAGAGCGUCGAGGCUGUACCACACGAGCCCGGCACGUUGUCUGUCCCAUCCAACUUCACGGGCCUCGCAGUCUCUGCAAGUGCGGCAGAUGCGAUGUUUCUGACCCAAGGCAGCGCGAAUUAUCUACACGAUAUGGCGAAGGAGAGAGUUGAUGAGGGCUAUGGAGGAUCCCUCGCCCGGCGCAGCAACACUCGGCAGCCAGGGUCACCGAGCGUGUCCUCGCCGCAGUGCGGCAUGGACCCGCAGACGAACCAUUCGGCAGGUGUCGGUGCAAAGUGCGCCGCUUCUACUGGAGUGGUAGGUGCGCCGCCGAUGCAUAGUGAGCACGCAGGCAUGUUGAGGGCCUCUGGAGAGGGCGAGUCCACCCGUGCACCAUUUUUCACGACUUGCGUUAAGUCCUACGCGCGCGUUCAUGUUGCUGCGGACGGCCGCGUCUUUCCAGCGGAAGCUCGCCGCGGCAGCAGCGACGGCAGCGCAGAGAACGAGUCGCAAGAUCUGGAGGUGAUGCAGACGAAGGUGAGCUGGCUCGUCCGGUCGGUGAGUCGACCGGUCACCGCGCGCAGUUUCAGCUCCGAGCCUUCGGACAGCGUUGCUGACGGACGAGAUUGGAAGAGCGUUGUCGGUCGUAGCGCUGCCGUGGUGGGAGCUGCGGCCGCCACUGCUUCUACUGCUGCACCCGGUAGCACCUAUAAUCCCUCACAGCCUUCUGCCAACUCGCGGGGCGGGGAAACCGCGUCAGGGCAGGCGAGGGACAAGGGUGCGGGGUGGGGUGACAGUAGCCGAGCUCAACCCCGCCACGCCACCAAAAGUGAGCGCAGCACUGUGUCUGGUGGGCGGUCGUUCCCUCCAGGGCAACUGCACGCAGCACCUUCCACCAGCGUUGCUGGAUGCGCCAGCGACAGCAAUGGAGGCGACGAGGGAGUCGAGAGUGGCGCCGUGGCACCGCGUACUCAGACACCAAACGAAGAGGAGGGCCAUGCCAGUGAAGUACACCAGGCUCUGCACGCAGCGCCUGCCUCAGGGACGGAGAUGAUCAGUGCUGCGCAAGCCGUGCUUCACACCGGAGGCGAGGAUGGCGGUCUCGACGGCGUGGGGAGGACCGGUGCGGAACGUCACCUCCCCGAAUGGACGGCAGGUAGGAGGGAUGGGAAGGAGAAGUCUGACCGACCCGAUUUAAGCGACUCUGCUGUGACAGCUGCAACCGCCACCCCAUCUCGCGAGACGGACACAAACAACGAGGAGGCCAAGGAGAUGUCGUGCGAGCCGACGUCGCUGACUCCCGAGGCUACUGUGCGAAUACACGCAGCUCCCACACGACCAGCGGAUCCACUGAACCGUCGGUCGAACCUGCUUGACGAAGUACCGCCACAGCAGCCAUCUUACGCGCCGGCACCGAAAUCGACACUGUCAACAAGAAGCUUGUCGAGCCACGCUGGGGCCCUGAAAGGCAACCAUGUGACUGCUGCUUCGUCAAAGUCUCCGCUCGCGCUCACGGGUGCGCCAAAAGAGCUUUCCUCUUCAGCUACAUCGUCGUCAUUGUCGUCGUUUCACAGCAACAGCAUCAGUAGUGAGAGCGACAUUGCCGGGCUCGUUGCUCUUCUUUCGCCCAGGAGCCCACAGCGCGUAUCACAGUUGCUCCGUCCGGGGAGCGCGGCGUCUCUACCUACGCACUCCACCGGUGCGCCAAAGGCCUCAGCGUGCGUGCCAGACACGCAUCCACUCCAUGAGUUCGACCUUGCGGCAGCGGUGGUGUCUGCAGUGCGGAGGCCAAUCAACGCCUCCAUUGCAGGGCAGGGCGAACCAGCAGCUCAGACAGAGGGGGCGUUAGAGGCCCCGCUUAGGUACCUGUCCGAUUCCCCACCUCCCGCUUCGGCGUCUCUGAUUCCGCACGAUGCACACGAGCGUGGCGCAGCAACGGCAACACUGUCCGUGGCCAAUCCCUUGUUCGACGCCUUGACUGGGGUGCUCGGCGGAGACGGCAACCACACGGCUGUCCCAGAGACAGGCGUGCGCAGCGCCGCCCAUGGGCCCCAUCAUCAUCAUCGCUAUAGUGGGUACUCGCGCGGUGCGAGCACGGCAGUGAAGCUUCCCAAGGCGCUUCUGGCCCUGCAUGUAAUGAACACUCGCGGAGUGGGCAGUUCAUUUGCGGCCCUGUCUGCGGAUGCACUCGAUGAGCGUGUCUCGGAGUAUGACGUCGAUGCGGCGCCGCCGCCACUGGAGCCCUCGACAUCCUUUGCCGUGGACGAGAUGCGAGCUGAAGUAGGGUGGGCGCCAUCGCCAUCUGACCACCCGUACAAUGUUAGCGGCCCAACGUGCUUUGGCAGCGUCAGGGAGUGGUGUGGGGGAUUCUCGAGGCCUGUGGAAGGGCAACGAGAAGAAGUAGCACGCAGCGGCCCCAGCAGCAGCAGGGGCGGACGUGGACGUGUGGGUCCUCAUUUCUUCCUCGGCGCAAAGUUCGCUGAGAGGAAGAGCGGUAAUGACGACGAGAGCAGCGUGGCUGUGUUGCCGUCCACUGAGCGCUACGACGACUGCUUCUUUGUGUGCACACGUGAGUCGGCAGCGACGCCGACUCACAAAGCAGACGAGGGGGGCGGGCAGCAAGGCACCGAUGCCUCAGAGGAAACGACAGGUUUGGAGAACAACAGCAACGGUGAGGGUGCUCUUUCCCCAUCCGCGACGCCACUAAAUGGUUUGAGCAUUCCUCAAUCGCCUGUGCCACCCUCUCCUGCCUCAGCCACCGCCGUGAACGAACUCCACACACGUGCCCCCAUUGGCGUGCCUCCGGCCGCGCAGGCACUGGCAUCGUCAUUUGCCGCGAAUGCGCAAGCGGAGCCAGCCGUCGUGCAGUUGCCUGACGCAGAGAUUUGCAUGCACGCAGUGAGGGAGGCGAAGUGGAGUAGUGCCAUUGUUGCUCCCUCUGCAGGGCUUGCACCUGGCUCGGACGGUGCGCACAGCAGAGGAGCUGCAGGAGUGGGACCUUUGUGUACCACCACUCACCUCCACAAGGCAGUCUCCGACGGCCCUGACGCGGUGCUGCCGAGCACAAACUGCUCCCCCACAGCAUCCUUCUUCACAUCCCCUAGCGGUGUGAUGACAGCCGCGAAACCGGCAGGUGCCACGGCGCCAAACUCAGCGCCAGCGCAGCAGCACCUCGGUCCUCUGCGAGGCCCACUGCAGAGCAUCGAUCAGGAAGCUGAGGAGCGACUUCUGCCGCUUGACCAUGACCUCCACACCGCCACUCUCGCUACAAGCGCAGCCAUCGAAAGUGGCGGUGACGCACCUUUGUGGCGUCCGAGCCCUGUAAGUGGUAGCUACGGUGCGAAGCCCACUUGCGAUGCCCCUCAGAAUAGUUUUCAGCCCACCACAGCGGCUGAGGUGGCAGGAUCGAGCGCCGGCUGGAGCGACACUGCGGGUGCAUCCAGCACCGCACUUGUGCGCGCGACUGCACAGCUGAGUACGUCACGGUGCGCUGCCGUCGCGCCUUGCUCUACAGUGGACAGUGUUGAUGCCUCUCUGUAUGACUUGCCCUCUCUGGAGAUGCCGGUGCUGCACCCCCAGGGCGAUGGAAGCGGCUUGGAGAAGGGCCCGCCACGCCUUACUUCUAGUCGGCAGCUGAGGUAUGCACACCUCUCAAGAGCGACCGCUGCUGAAGCGGUUGCAGGUUGUGGUAAUGUGUCGUCGUCUGCACCGUCAGCUCUGCUGCCUAGCGUCAAAUCCGCUGAAUGCUCUCCUGAAACCUUUGUUCAGCCUCCGCAGUCGAUGCUGGGCACCCACUCUUCUCGCUUGUCGCGGACGCCGCGUCUAUCGGACGCAGAGGCUGGUAUUUGCAGCCUUGGUGGUGGCACCGUUGCUUGUAGCCUCACGCAGCCACCUGUGGCGACGGAGGCGGGUGCACUCUCAGGCGCAUUGGCGCCAGUUGCCGUUGGCACCGCGCGCACGGUGAGCUGCUUGCCACCCAACGUGAUGCCUGCGGCACACCCGUAUUGCUACACCACCCUCAAGGAGUCUGCUGGUGAUGACCUCAGGACCAAGCGUGGCGGUUGCACUUCUAGCCGCGGAUCGGUUGCGACGGCACCGCGAUUGUCCUUUGCGGCACCCCUGUCUUUGCGUGCGGCUCUCAAGGAGAGCGUACCAAACUGCGCCUCCGCUCUUUCCACUGUACUGACACCAUUGACCGCAGCGACAGCAGCAGGGCUUGGCGCAGCACGCGACGCCUCACGGCGGACCUCGUCGUCGUCCUCAUGCUCGCACCUGGGUUCUGCAGGAGUACACCCGCACAGACGAAAGCUGCGUCAUCAUCGUCAUCGUGAUGAGUCAGCCGCAUCGCAGGAGAGGCGGCGCGCUGAAAGGAGGGAGAAGAGACGGUCAAAGCAGCGCAGCCAUCGAGAUGGCGACGCCUCACCGAGACACUACCGGCAACACCGUCACCAUCGGAGCGACCGCCGGCGCGAGGAGAACAGCUACGACAAGGCGUUCCGCUCGCAACACCAAUGUCACCCCCGCCCCCGUGAGAAGCACCGCUCGCCGCGACACAAGCGUGACAGACCACAGGCGGAGGACACGGAUGCGGCGGCGGCCCCACGAGUGCACCCUUCCCUGCAGUGUGUGCUCGAGGCGGCUCGGCAGCGACGCCACAGGGAGGCCGACUUCCGUGACCCGCAUUACGCUGCGCAAGGGGGUGGCACAGAGCUGCCCUUCGGUUUUCACACGCCACACCCAUACUGGCUUGGACUACCGUCUGUACCCGUGGGGCCGAGUGCUUCCGGGCACGAGGUGCUCAUGGGAGGGAAAGACCAUGAUGAGCAACCAGCUGCUCCUUGCAGCGACGACGUGACACACGCGGCGAGGCAGCACCGCUCUCAUCGAUCUGGAAAUAGCAGCGGCGCACCGUGCAUCAGAGAUGGCGAGGAAGAUGACGACGCAGCGCUGAGAGGUCCUCUGCAUCGGCGACCCAGUGAGCGUGAACGCGUCCCGGGCCACCGACACCGCUGUCGGCAGAUGCCAAGCUCCUCACUCUCGCCAACCUCGUCAUUGUCGUCGAGGAGUACUGGCAGAGACGUCAGCGUCGACAGCGGUCGUGGCAGCGAGGCGGCCAGAACUGGCCCCACUCGCCGCGGUGGGGCCACAGCGUGGAUUAGCGCUUCACCAAGCAGGGGCGGAAACGCCACCCGAGGCCCAGAGAACGGUGGCGUGCCGGAAGUUGGAACAGAGAAGGUGAGCGCACCAGAGCACGAUCGAAGCAACGCUCUUGAACAGAGUCUUAAGGCAUCGUUGCAGCAGUCGAUACUGUCAAUCGAGCCGCGACGGGGAGAGUGCGGCGCGCAGCCCCCCUUUGGUUCUGCGUUGGAAUCAGCGGGUGAUCACAGUAGGCUCACGAGAGCGAGCGCAGAUGUGCCUGAGAUCAGCGGACCAUCUGCAACAGCGAAGGCAGCCAGCGAUGCGAAGAGUGAUGACUUUGUGCGCGGCAAAGAUGCGUGUAGUAAAGGCAUCUGCAGCCUAGACACCAGGCAACCGCCAGAGCGUGCCAGCAGUGAACGUGCAACGGUUCUGGAAUUGCCUGCAAGGGAAGAUGGUGCCCCCUUCUCCACUGUGUCGCAUACGAGCAACCGCACAUCGUUGCCCGCUUCAGCGCCUGCCGGCUCAGCGUCAGGGAGACACGUGCCCGGCGUGCAGGUGCGGGGUAGUGGAGCACACGAGUCGGCGUUUGCGUCCUCCACAGAGCUGGGGAAUCCUCGUCGAUUUUCCGCAGACACCGCCACAACCACCACGGGGAGAGAGCGAGAUGCAACGGAUGGGCAGCCGACCCUGCCGCAGCACGGUGAUCUCUUCUACUGUGACAUGGCCGGUCGCUUCCACCGCGUUAGCAGCGCGGAACUGGAAAGCCUCUUGGCAGACGAAGCCGGACGUCGCAUCUCACCUCAACGUUGGCAGAGUCCGUCUGGUAGCCCGCGCCGCCCGCUGUACGUUGUUCACAAUCCCACGCUGUCCCCGUCCGCGACUACGAGAUGGCAGCAACACCGUGCGUGGACAAUCACGAAUCCCACUGACUCCCUCGGCUGCGGCCGACUCAACCCGUACUGCUCCUCGUGCCGCGCCAAGUACAAUCUCAUGUUUGUUGAUCCUCAGAUGCGACCAGUUCAGUGGCUAUCGGCUCAGUCUGCUAAGCUGAAUCAGAUGGGCGACUGCCGCACUCACAGCGGGUACAUUUUCGGUGGCGGCAACACGGCAUCUGAGCGUGAUGCGAUGCUUGCCCAGCAGCGGCUGCGGGCGAAGAGGAUGGCAGCGUGGCCAGAGUUGCCGCACUGCGACAGGGAUCACCUCGUCGUGCAUGAGGAGGAUCUCGAUGGCCCGCUGCGCCAGUUAGCAGCCCCGCCUCAGGGGCGCUUUGUUCCCAUCGUGUACAAAGAGGAUACGCGACGGCACAUCAACCCAGCGUUGCGUCAUCGGGGACCGCCAGCAGCAGCGUCGGCACGCCAAUGCUUUGUGUUUUCGCCAUCAUCAGCGGCCCUUUCACAGCCGCCACGACACCCGUCUCCAGCUCAUUUUUUUGGAGACGCACUGCGGUUUAACACUUCCUCUGCCAGAGACAGAACCAACGGUUGCCCACCCGCCUCGAGCCCUCACCUGCACCACCGCACCACACGAAGCGGCACGUGCUGCCACGACAGCUAUCUUCACAACACGCAGCAUGGUCAAAACUCUUCGCACAGGCAGCACAUGGAUAGCGGCUUUUACAAUACGAAUGAUGUUGGCAGUGCAUCCAUCAUACACCUCAACAAAUUUGCAGGAGUAGCGGACGCGGAAAGCGGUCAGGCACCGCCGCGCAGCCAUCAAACGUUGCAGGCGGUGGGGGCCGCGAAGGGUAUGGUCGGCAGCGACGCCGCCGCCAGCGCGAGCGCUUCGGCCGCCGCAUCGGGGAUGCCAGCCGAGCCUUCUAGCGUUGUUGCGUUGCGCCGGGAGGAGCGCCGGAUCAAGAGGGCGCUAAAGCAGAUGCUCUGGCGUGACUUGCCCCAGCAGCGAGGGACGGCGGAAUGGGAAUGCUAUGUGCGCUCGCUUAGUGAGGGGAUCCGUCAGCAGCCCCACUUUGCACUGUUUCCUCUGCCUUCGCUUUCAGCGCAGACGGUAGAGACAGUGCAGCCUACCCCUAUAGACGGCGCAGCGGAGCCAUGA